AUGAAUGUUUUCAAGUGUUUCAGAAAUAUCAAUGUUUUUCAACAAAUAAAAAGAAACGAUAUAAGAAAAUUUGAAAUUUUUAUAAUCAGCAAAAAAAGAUAUUUUGGACAAGUUGCUUUGGGAAUUAAUGGCAAUAAAAUUGAUGAUUUUCAAUCUUCUACUACCAAACUAGCUUCUACUAAAGAUAAAAAAUACAUUUUAAAGUACACUAGCUCAGAGCAACAAGCAAAUGAAUGGCUAUAUGAAAAUAGUUCUCAAACAUUUGGAUUAGAUCUGGAAUGGAAUCCAUUCAUACGAGAUUCAAAAGUUUCUUUAAUACAACUGUGUGAUGACUCCAACAUUUACCUAAUUCACAUUGCUCGUAUGAAAUUAAUACCAUCAAUUCUAUAUAGAAUCUUGGAAAAUAAAGAUAUUUAUAAGCUUGGUUGUAAUAUAAAUAACGACGCGAGAAGAUUAUUCAAAGGUCACAAUAUAAAAUGCAAAAGUUUAUUGGAGUUGAGUUCACUUUGUUUACAAGUCAAACAAGAACAUUUCCUAAAUAGAAGAUCAAGAAUUAUAAAGUUAUCUAAAAUGGUGGAAGUUUUGUUAAAUCAUGAAAUAGCAAAACCUCGUCAUAUUGUAAUGAGCAAUUGGUCAUCUAAUUUUCUUAGCGAGGCUCAAAAAGAAUAUGCAGCAACUGAUGCAUACGCAAAUUAUGUCUUAGCUAAAAGAAUAGAUGAUCUUCAAUGCGAAGUAAAUAAUGGAGAUGUUAAUUAUGAAAUAACAUUAUAUGAUAUAGAUGAUAAUGGUAUGAAGAUAGAAACAAAAUUGAAUAAUAAACGUCUACGCGAUGUUUUUGCUGAAGUGGCCAAAGUUGCCAACGUUGCUACUAGUGCUACCUUAAUUAAUGGCAACAAUGUUUCAGCAUCAAAAUCAACAAAAUCAACGGUAACAACAGCAUCAGAAUUUGAGAGUAGUAAUAGUUAUUUUGUAGCCAAAUUUCUUGUAAGUUAUAUCAUUUGA